AUGCCAUUGAUAGUUCCAACUAGACUGACAUACCUUGGUCCUGUAAUCAAAUAUUCAUGUACCUUGCUGUUUUUAAUUCUAUGUGGACAAGUGUUUUUCAAGACGAAAGAGCUAGUAACUCAACCAUUCAUUGAUGAGAUAUUCCACCUACGUCAAUGUCAAACUUAUUGUGCUUACAGGUUCGAUAAAUGGGAUAAUAAAAUCACAACUCCACCAGGGCUCUACAUAUUGGGGUUUAUGUACUCAAAGAUCUUGGAGUUGUUAACUGGUAUUCAACAUUUGUGUCUGGAUUUUAAUGUGCUACGAUCAUUAAACUUAUUUGGGGGAGUAGUUGUCUUACCCGUUAUCCUCAACAAUUUCAAAAAAACAAACUCGAGACAAUACUGUACUGUUAACGUCAUAUCUCAACCGUUGUUGUUUACUUACUACUUCUUAUUUUAUACAGAUGUGUGGUCAACAAUACUUGUGGUGAUGUCGCUCAGUUUGAUCAAUACCAGAGCACACCAAUGGCCAAUUUUAAGCUCAGUAGUUGGAUUUGCUAGCUUAUGGUUAAGACAGACAAAUAUAAUAUGGGUUGCAUUUAUUGCUGUUGCAUAUAUUGACCGACAAAUUUACCGAGAGAAAUCAAUUUUGGACAGAGCUCAGUCAUUUAUUAAGAGGAGUUUGAAAAACUGGUCAUCAUUAAUUGGCUAUGCUGUGAACUUUGUCUCGUUUGUUGCAUUUUUGAAAUACAAUGGAGGCAUCACUUUUGGAGAUAAAGAGAAUCAUCAGAUCCAGUUACAUUUUGUUCAAGUGUUUUACUGUUUUACAUUUAUCAGCUUCUUUACGUGGCCAGUGUGGUUGAAUCGCGCCACCUUGUCCAACUACGUUAAAUUCUUUACUGGUAACUAUGGAUCGAAUCUCCUCCUCAACUUUAUCUCCUUUUGGGGAAUAAAGUACAUUAUUGAUAACUACACCAUAAUCCAUCCUUUCCUACUUGCUGACAACAGGCAUUACACAUUUUAUAUCUUCAAACGAUUGCUCGGUCACAAGUAUAGCAGCGUGGUGGCAAUCCCCGUUUAUCAUUUUGCAUCAUAUAUUAGUGUCACGUCUUUGGUAAAGUCUAGAAAACUCAACUUAUCACCUAUUGGAAUUCUAGCAUUCAUUGGGGCUACAGUAUUGACUAUUGUACCAUCUCCAUUGUUUGAGCCAAGAUACUACAUCAUUCCACUUGUGAUAUUUAGAUUAUACAUAGCUCCAAGCUACCCUCUUGCUCAUUUGCUUGAAUUUGUGUGGUUGAAUUUGAUAAACUUGAUUACACUGUAUAUAUUUUUCACAUACCAAUUCACUUGGUUAAGUGAACCUGGAGCAAUUCAGAGAAUAAUCUGGUGA